AAAGUGAGUUCAACGUUCAACGAGACUCUCUGUUCUUAUAAGAGGCAUUCAAAAGCAUAGUGCCAUUUACGAAACACUUAUCCAAGUUGUCAACAUGUUUAUGAGGUACAUCCUGUUUGUGGUCGUCGCCACGGCAUUCGCCCAGGGUCAAAUGGUUGCGACUGGUGGAACGGGGUCGGGAGCCGUAGCAUUUGGCGAUGGCCCAGAGGACAUGCACCCGCCCGUAGCCCGAACACUCGAGGAGAACAUCGAGACACAAAUGAACGCAGCUUAUGCCUAUUAUCAAAUUCUUACAAAACAUGCCGUUUAUCUAGCUAGGGAUAACAAGACUGCCACCCUCCUUCAGCAAGUGAUUGGAUACAAGUAUACGAAUGCCAAGAGACUGAUUAUGUAUGCUGGAAGCCGAGGGGAGACGCCGAACCCUGACCCUCCACAGCCCAUCAACCUUUCUCAGUGUGAUACGCCCGCCAGGUGUUGGGAACUAAGCUUGACCUUAGAAAGGGAACUCUACAAAGCUUUAACAAGACUUUACACCACUGCUGGCAACCACGAUGACGUCGAUAUGAAAGCUCUUGCUGGAUCAUUGGUGAGGGAUGAAAUGAGGAGCAUCAUGGAAGUGAAACGUAUUCUUCGUCGUUCUGGGCGCUAGUUUUAUCCGUGAUGGACGGAUUCAGAUGGUCAUUUUACAAACAUUUUAGUGAGCCCUAAACAUGAUCAACAUUCGUAACGAAUAUGUUAUAGCUCAAUGCGAUACAGAUACGCCACCGCAUUUGUGGUCUAUUCCUAUUUCCACCAUGUCCCCUUUUUUUCAUGCAGCGAAAGGAAAAAUUCUGAAUUUUUUAGAAUUGAAUACGCUUGUACUCCAUUUUACGAAAAAAUGGCACUCUAAUUUAAUGAAAUAUUUGAACAAAAUGGUAUAUCUCCUCUGACAUUUCGAAGUCAAAAGUAUCUUAUAAUACUUAUUUUGCGGGAAACGGACGGAGCACUAGAAACAGCGAGCCAUUUGAAACGAAAUACACAGACACUUUUUCCAGGCUUUAUAGUGUUGAUUCGAGUGCAGUGCUAUCUUUUCGUGAAAUCGAGUACACACAUGUAUGUUUACGUAACACAGCAAUUAUGUAUGAAUGAGGCUAUUGUUUUGGUAUCGGUAUUAUCAAAUACAUUCCACUAUCAAUACA